AUGAUUGAUUCCUCAGACCACGUCGUGUCCCGCAGUGUCGCCACGAAGAUCAACGAGCCAAACAUGACGAUCACGGAGCAGGAGGAGGGCGAUGCCGCUGAUGAAGACGUGGAUGAACUCGAGGAGAGCGAUGUCGGCGGCACAGAACGUGCGGAGGAGCGGCGCCAAGUGAAAAUUGAGUUCCACGGCGACUACAAAUGUGAUCGCUGCAAGCGUGUUGAGGAACGGGCACAAAGACGGGCAGCAAAGCUCGGGAAAGGCCCCAAUGAAAUCGCGCCGUUCAUUUGCACGAUCUCCGGGAGACGGAAGCGUUGCGACUUCUGCUCAAAGGGCCGGCGACCACACUGCUCGGUUCAGCCAUAUCUCAUCAACAGUUUGGUCAGCGUCGAUAAGGACCUUGUCGGCACAUAUACGUCCAACCACGCUCCCGAGGCCACAGUCACUGGGAUCGAGUCCAACACCAAGAUCUACUCGCCAGCCCGCGUACAGGACGAUUCGCCUCGAACGAGGCAUACGACCAGCCUCGCAAAGCCCAAGCGCAAGAACGCAGUUAAAGCAGCGAAAAAGGUCGCAGGCGUUCGCAGCAGCGCAAGCCAGCCCCGCAAGCGUGCUCAGCCGCGCACACGUAUCGCCACCUCAGUAACUGGAUCGUCUUCGCACUCAAAUAACUCGCCAAGUUGUGUCGAGACCGAUCUCUUGAACGAGGAGGGGCCUCGUCUCCGUAGCACUGCGGAGGAGGCCCCGGAUGUCCUGCGCAGUGAUGUUCGCAGACUCGAAAGCGAGAUGCACGAACUGCGCAACGCAUUGGAAGCUGAGCGGGCAUUCCGGAAGGAGGUAGCAGUCGAUCUCGCCAAACUUCGCAGUGAGGUGGAUGACCUACGCGCUGGCACCGGUGUGUGCCCCUUGGCCGCUCAUGAACCGGAUAUAUCGUCGUUCAUUGCCAGGGUUAGGAGGCCGUUGGGCAGUGUCGAUGAUCGCGAUGAUUGUGAUAUGACUCGUCAAACGGCUGCGCUUCAGUCCGACGACUUGCAGCCCGUCAUGCUACAUGCGACGGCGCUCAACGCUCACGGCGUCCACCAUCCCGCAGCUGCAGCACCUCCGUCGCAGCCCCGCCGUCGCAGUCCGUCCGAAGCCCGCCCGGAACGAAGGGACCCGCCAGCUGGCGGGUCGAAGCACGGCGGCCUAGCCCGCGAGGACGUCCGCCAGGUCGACAUAGGAGAUGCGCGACGACUCUCUGCGAAACGUUGGCAGGAUGUCGCUUUUAUGCGGAGUCCUGGGACUGUCGCCGAUGGCGGAUUCACCGCCACCCGAAUUCGAUUCACAGGUCCAAGGCGUCGACCACCUCGUUUCACGCCCUCGGAUCUGGACGGGGCAGUCUCAGCUACGCGGGUCAGUCUCAGCGAUCGCAGCGUAGCGGGCGCGUCGUUGUCGCAGCAACAGAAGCAAAGUCGGCGAGUCGCGCAGCCGGUGGAGCGGUACCGUAGGAGGAGCCAUGCCAGGAAAACCCCUUACCACGUACUUGCCGCGCCGAAUGCGCUAGCGAAGGCGACGCUUCGCGCGAAGAUAUCCGAACUGCAGCCCACGCCUCGCCCGCCCAUCCGUCGCCCCCGUCUCGCCCCGGUCGUCCGUUUUGGUUUCGACCAUGCGUUGAUGACCGGGCGGGUGUUUGUCUAUGCACUUCUCACUGCUGCAAUCCGUCGCCUGCGCGCGCUGAAUGCAGUGAGCCGUGAGGUCGAACAGGUGACCGCCUCGGCCGCGCGGAUAUCACGCUCUAUGGUAUGGGGCGAUUGGCCGCGAGUAAUGGUCGACAAGUCCACUGCACUUGGCGCAAGCAAGGAGCCCAAGGAUGCGCACCCUGAGCUGAUGCAGGCAGAAACACGGCUCACGGAGUCGGUGGUGUGGACCACACACAGCACUUACUACCGCUGCGCCGGGGGCCUUGUGUGGGCUCCGGUCUUCCUAUCAUUGGUAGCUCUCAUGCAGGGCACCCAAGGUCCGUCCCCCUUUUGGACUGCGGAGAGCGUCAAGGGCUUCACUCAAGGGGAUUACAUGGGGACAUAUGCUGCCCUCCACCGCCGCAUCUCGGUCGAGACAAACGCCUGGACUCUGUCUUGCGGUCAAAAUCGUACUCUGCCUAUGUUGAAUCGCUCACCAGCAUUAGCACCGUCCGCGCACAUAGAGAAGAAAUUCAUUCGGAAGACGGAAGACGGUCUCGACGUGGAGAACAGGGCCUGCUACAUAGUCAUCGUGAUCCAGCAGUGGCUGAGCGCCAGGUUCAGCAAGACGAUCAGCCCUAGCAAGGUCGACAUCGUCCUGUUGUACAGAUUGAGCAAUGCGUGCUCGCUCGGCAUGCGAUCCUCAUCAGACUCAGAGGGCACCCGCACGGAUGCGCAAUUGAUCUCUGCCAUCCAGCGGACGUGGCUACUGCCGCAGGACGGGGCGCAUGACGCCGUGGCGGAGGCGAAGUUCAGUCUGGACUCUCUCGUCGGCGACGAGGGGAGCAACUACUCCGCUGGCGAGAAGCGGAUGUUGGUGCUCUAUCGAGCGUUGGCGAAAAACAGUCGCAUCAUCGUCCUCGUCUGGGAUGUGUAA